AUGCUAAAUGCCAAAACUAGUAAAAUUUAUUGUAUCCUUUUUAUUUUGUUUUUAUACAUUAACACCAUUCUCACAUGGUGUUUUAUACAUAUCAAGUCUCAAACCAAAUCUUUGGAUUAUCCCAGAACAAGAAUAUAUGAAAAUAUAAAUAAAAAAGAAGACCUAGAAUACAAACCCUUUAAAAACAUCAGCUUUAAUAAACUUAAAACAAGUUUAAAAAACUUUCUCGUUUCAAACAAAAAAAUUAACAUAUCCGAUGUUAAGUAUGUUUCUUUUCUAGGUAAAUAUUACAAUUACGAAAAAAUUGAUAACUAUGGAGUUAAUGAAAUAUGCAUAUUAGGAAGGAGUAAUGUUGGAAAAUCAACAUUUUUAAGAAAUUUCAUAAAGUAUCUUAUAAACGUAAAUGAUAAUACAAACAUUAAAGUGUCAAAACGUAGUGGGUGCACAAGAUCAAUAAAUUUAUAUUCCUUUGAAAAUGCAAAAAAAAAAAAAUUAUUUAUUCUAACGGAUAUGCCAGGUUUAGGUUAUGCUGAAGGAAUUGGGGAGAAAAAAAUGGAGUAUUUGAAAAAAAACUUAGAUGAUUAUGUAUACUUAAGAAAUCAAAUUUGUUUAUUUUUUAUAUUAAUUGAUAUGAGUGUUGAUAUCCAAAAAAUUGAUAUUUCCUUGGUGGAUUCCAUUCGAAAAACGGGUAUCCCACUUCGUGUAAUUUGUACCAAAUGCGACAAAUUUAAUGGGAAUGUUAACCAUCGACUUAACGGGAUAAAAACUUUUUAUAAACUUGAAAAAACUCCCAUACAUAUAUCAAAAUUUUCCAAUCACAACUAUAUAAACAUAUUUAAAGAAAUUCAGUAUCAUUGCAAUUUGGGUAAUUCAUAA